AACCAUAAAUGUUCUCAAUGUUGUUAAUUGAAAUCAACAAACAAAGAUUAGACUAUUACAUAUAUUAAAUAAAUAUGUGAUUUUAAGCAGAUAGAUUGCCUGAAAAUGCAGAUGUGAGAACAAAAACAGCAGGGUGUGUGAGCUUAAAACUGGGAGGGGGAAUUUUCUCAUCCUUCAAGUGGGCGAUGGGAUAUGCUAAUUAACAGCUGGCCAAUGUGGGCAAGCUACUCCAGCCUUGGAUAUAUAAGAGGCCCCUUGGCUGCAGCAAAGACACUUCACUCAAUUACCUAGCUUAUUAAGAACUUUCCUGUUGAUUUCACACUGAAAGAUUUCACAGCCUUCAUCUUUGAACGAUCCUGUGAAGGAACUCCAGAAGUUUUCUACCUACAGCAACCAGCAAUGGAAAUCUCAGACAGCUGCCACUUUUCCCCAUCUCAUCUGCUUCAUGAUAGUUCUUGCAUGCCUUCCCCAGAGGGCUCAGAGUUCAUCGAUGACUUUGAGCACAGGCUGGCCGAUCUGGAUGACCUUCAAGGGUCCGACGAGGACGAGCAUGUGAGAGCCCCCAGUGGCCACCACCAAGCUGGCCAUUGCCUGAUGUGGGCUUGCAAAGCUUGCAAGAGGAAGUCAAGCACAGUGGACCGCAGAAAGGCAGCCACCAUGCGGGAGAGGAGGAGGCUCAAGAAGGUCAACCAGGCGUUUGAGAACCUCAGGAGGUGCACCUCGGCUAACCCCAACCAGAGGCUGCCCAAGGUGGAGAUCCUGCGCAACGCUAUCCACUACAUUGAGAGUCUCCAAGACGUCCUGAGAGAGCAGGUGGAGAACUACUACAGUCUGCCUGGACAGAGCAGCUCUGAGCCGGGCAGCCCCAAUUCCAACUGCUCUGAUGGAAUGGAGUGCAACAGCCCCGUUUGGUCACAUAGAAACAGCUGCUACAGCCACGAGUUACAGAAUGUGUUCCCCAGUGAGAGAGGCCCUGCUGUGUCCAGUUUGGAAUGCUUAUCAAGUAUAGUGGACCGCCUUUCUUCAUCCAAUCAGUGUGGUUUGGCUGUGCGAGACAGCAGCAGUGCCCUAUCACCUACCAGCACUGACUCCCUACCCAGCACUCCAGGAACGCCGCCCACAAAACCUGUUUACCAUGUGCUGUGAACCACAGAGAGCCCCUCUAACAGAUAUUAAUAUAUUAAAUAAAGAGGCCAAGAACAUCAAGAAUGCAGGCUUUAUAUACUGUAUAUAGGGACCCCAUUCAAAGUGUAUAUAUGUAAAUAUGCCAUUCACUGUACACUUUUUAUACUUAAUUAUACAUAUUUAAUUGAACAAAACUGUUACUUUGCUAGAGAAACUGCUGAAUCCAGUUUUCUAUUGUAUUUUUCUUUUCUAAAGUAAUUAAUACAUUGUAUUUAAAUAACUUGUGUUCCAGUUUGUUUAUUCUGAAUGCUGCCUAUUAAAAAUAAAUACAUAUGCAUACAUCUAAAAUGCUUGCUAUGUAAAGAAAGCUAUUAGGUCACACACAUAGUAGAAAUAUAUCAAUGAUACCACCCACUGGGUAUUACUUUAGCUAUAUAAAGCACCGUUGGCUAAUUUCAUUUAUAAUAUAUAAAUAUAUAGACAACUAAAGGAUCCUUUCUUAGUUUAUGCAUCUAGGUGAUUCUUCUAAUGAUGUGUGAGUGUGUGUGUGUGUGCGCGUGAGAGAGAGAGAGAGAGGGAGAGAGAGAGAGAGAGAGAGCCUUAUGGGUGCAUGCAUUUGUUGGUGGAGCAAAAGCUGCAUUUCAUCAGUAUUUAGGGAAUGUUGUUUUGAGCAAAUGGUCUCAAUCCAACAUUUGCUUCUGAAGCGUUAGAGAAAGAGAGGGAGGGGAAGAGAGCUUCAAAGCCUUUGCUGAAGCCUUUGGGACCUGUUGACUCCGUUUCCAUCACACUAUUCAAGCCGUACAUUAUAAAGCAACUCCGGUAAUGUUUCCCCUCUCCCCCCCAAAUACGUAUUGGUGUAGACAUACCAUUUCUGUAGCAGCAAAGGCUUCAUGCAACAUCCUCAACUUUAUCUUUCUUUUUUUUUGUUGGUUUAUUAUAUAUGUAAAUGUGUUUGGGUUUACAAGGGAAUUGUCAACAGCACAUUUUAACAUCAUCUAUAUUAUCUUAUGUUCAACAUUACAAACAUUACAUGCUUAUUUAAUUUGCCAUUUUUGCUUCUCGUUUUACUAAGUAUUUAAUUCUUUAGUAUAUCCUUAUUUUCAGUAAGAUCAUUUUUGUAUCUAAAACAACUAUGCAAAGUCCGGCACUAACCCCUUGUUUAAGAAUACAAACAUUUUAUAUAGGAAUUAAUGAAAGUCUAGAUCUUGUACUAAACUAGCAUUAUGUGAACCAAUAAGGCUUUAAAGAAGGCAAAUGUUUUGCACUGUAGUUUUAAAUGAGAACUACUGUAAAUAGGCUGUUUUCUGACCUCUUGUCUAUGAAUAUACACAAAUUAAAAUGAUUACAAGAGCUGUGAUCUGAAAUGACUCAUAUAUUUAUGUCUCUCUGUUUCAUUGGCUCAGAACACACACCAUCAUGUUCAUAAAUGGAGAACAUACAGACGUCAGUGCAACCUCAGCAUUCAUCUUUACUAAUGUAAACUUCUGUCUUAUU